GAUUCGAUUUUUUUUCCGGCUGCCAUUGCCACGCUAUACAGUGUAUUUUUGAUUGUUUGGUAAAGAAUAAUCAAAAUUUUGGAUACAAAGUUACCAGAGUCGUAAUUUUACACGAUGGCCGAGACUAUGAAACAAACGGUUGCCAGCAUACUAAAGACUAUAGAAAGAUACAACCCGGCCAAUCUUCAAACUCUAGAGCGGUAUGUGGACAUGCAAUCAAGGGAUAACACCUACGACCUGGAGGCUAACCUAGCUGUGCUGAAGCUAUACCAGUUCAACCCUGAAAAGUUUAACGCUGAUAUCACCUGCCAGAUCCUUCUGAAGGCGAUCACCAACUAUCCGCACACGGACUUCACCCUGUGUAAAUGCCUGCUAUUGGAAUCUGUGGUUGAGAAUGAAACCAUCUCGCAGAUCAAGUACCUAGCAGACAUUCUGGAGCAGUGUGACUUCGCCCAGUUCUGGAACCGUGUGCACCAGAUGCCGGAGCUGUGCAACCGCAUUGUCGGCUUCCAUGACUCCAUCAGGAAGUUUGUCUGCCACGUGGUUGGCAUCACCUUCCAGACCAUUGAUAAGGAUAACCUUGCUAACUUGCUUGGUGGGAUUGAUGAUGUGACUCUUAAACAUUGGGUAAAGAAAUAUGGAUGGAGGGACGACGGUGACCUCAUCUUCAUUGCCAACCAAGAUGAAAACAUCAAGACUAAGAACAUCACUGAGAAGAUUGAGUUUGAGCACCUGGCGCCGCUCAUGGCCUUAUUGUAAAUUUGUAUUAUCCUUUAUAAAUAAACAAUCAUAUGAUUGA